AUGGCUUCCAAUAUAAGUGAUAAUAUUACAUACGACGAUGACAAUGCUACAUGGGAAGAACUAGGAACCAUUGGAAUUGUCUUGCAGUCCGGAAUGUUGAUCAUUUUAUGUAUCACUGGUUGUCUUGGAAACUUAUUAACCAUUACAGUAAUUUUAAAAUACAAUGAUAUGCAGUCUGCAACUAAUAUUCUGAUUGCUAAUUUAGCAUUAUCAGACUUUGUGGUAUGUCUUCUAAGUGAACCUUUCUUUAUCGUUGGUGUUGUGUUACAGCGAUGGCCUUUUAACGAUGCACUCUGUGUAGCUGUCGGUGAGAUCACUAUUAUGUCAUUUCAUACCUCAGUGCUCACACUUUUGUGUAUUGCCAUCAAUCGCUACUAUGUGAUUAUGAAGUCACCGACAUUAACACAGCGGUACUUCACCACACAGAAAACCAUCUUAAUGUGCUGUGGAACAUGGAUGUUUGCUCUCACUACAGCUUUACCAUCAGUAUUUGGAUGGGGUAGAAUCAAAUAUGCACCGGAUAUCUCAGUCUGUUUACUAGAUUUCAACCCUGAAGAUUUUACUUUUAUUCUGGUAUUAACUAUCAUUUUUGGUGUGAUUCCUUUCAUUGCCGUGACAGCAUGUUAUAUCAGUAUUUAUUACACUGUACAUAAGAAAACAAAAAUGUUCACAAAAUCUGUACAACCUAUCCAGAAAAAAGAGAACAUAAGUGAGGAACAAAAAGAAGGCAGCUCUUCCGAGUCUAAGGGUAAUAGCAUCCAAGAAAAUAAUACGAAUGGAAUUGAAGCAAGAAAUCCACAUUCAGAAGUAGAUACUGAUUCCAAUGAUGCACACACAACAAAGGAGCCUACAUCUAAAUGUACCACAUUGACUGAGGUAGAAACUAACAAUAUACACGGAUCAAACACAUUUCUACAGAAUCCAAUCAGUGCAAAGGUACAGAAAAAAAGAUCUACUCCUAAACUCAAUAGUCAACAGAUUAAAAUGAUUGAAGGAAAAAGGCGAAGAGAAUCCACUGUAGCUGCUAAUUUAUUUCUUGUAACUUUAGUUUUUUGUAUAUGUUGGUUACCACUGGGAAUAGUAGCACUGAUUGCCAGCAAACAUGAUAUAUCAAGACCUAUUCUGAUUCUCAAUAUCCUCCUAGCAUACAGUAAUAACUCACUCAAUACAUUCUUGUAUGCUUGGAGGAAUUCAAACCUUAGGAAAGCUUACCGUAAUUUAUUAAUGUCAGAAGAACAUACAGGUAACUCGUCACUGCCUUCUAGAUAA